AUGGACCCUCACGCCGCGUCCUCGUCCUCGUCUCCGUCUCCCCCGCCCUCGCCCAGACAUUCGCUCUCGCCAUCACCCGGGCCAACACAAUCACAUCUGCCCUCGCCCUCGUCCUCGCAGUCGGCCGACACCACCGAUGAGCAGCUGCCUAGCUCCCCAAUUAACAAUGCCAGACUCCCCACGGCUUCUCGUCACUCGUCUAUCUCUCCGACCGGCUCCCCACUACAGCUUUCCGAACUGGAACGCCACCCCAAGGGCAAGAGGAAACGGACCGCUGCAAAGGACAAGGCCAUCCUCGAGGCUGCAUACAUCGCAAACCCAAAGCCUGACAAGUCGGCGCGACUCGACAUCGUGAAGCGCGUCUCGCUUAACGAGAAAGAGGUCCAGAUCUGGUUCCAGAAUCGACGACAAAAUGACAGGCGAAAAUCCCGUCCGCUUUCACCCCAAGAGAUCGCCGCCCUGAGAUACGGGGGUAUGCAGAUCCUUUCAUCGGAUCCCAUGCCCUUCAAUUCGUCAUUCAGUACCGACAACGGCAACACAUCGCCCGCUCAAAGCAUGUCGCGGCCUGAGACAGGUGCCACGUCACCUCCCCCUCUUGACCAUGCCGGCUCCAGCAUCUGUGAUGAUCAAGACAGGACGCAGGACAUCCUAAGCUACGACGACGCGAAUCCGGGCUUCCCGCUGCUAGAAGCUGUGACACCGGCACAGAAAACGAAGCCCGCUGACGAAUCCCAUCAAUCCUUGACACGGUCGUUCUCCGGCUCUGUCGGCUACCUGUCCAACCGAUGGAACAUGUCCAGCUCCUUCUCCUCGCCAUCCGCACUCGGCCACGGUGGAGAUGAUUCUUUCAAGUCAAGAGACGUCCAUGCCUGGGAGUUCUGCUGCGACGCCGAGAACCGCGAAGAUGCCUUGACCGUGCAGGCCAAGCACGAGAGCAGCGGCUCGGCCAUUGCUGCCAUUAGCCUCCUCAGGUCCGCCAGUUCGAGCGGCAGUCCCCUGCAGCCUAGCGGUAGCGCAAAGAGGAAUUCAGCCAUGAGCAAGGCGGUACCUCGCUCAGGUUCGGCGAAAAGACCCAAGCUAGGAAGAGCGACGAGCAGUGUGGCAAGGUUGCAGACCGGCUUUGGUCCCGAGGAGAAUAAGGAGGUCCGAAAAGAUGCUGUUUAUAACCCUGAAAAGGUCAAGGUGUCCAUGCUUCUUUCUCUGUCGGGCAACGAUUCGGACAAGGAAAACUGGAGUCCAGACGAAGAAGGCAACCCUCGGCUCCCUCUACCCCAGUCUCAGCCUAUCGGUGUCCGGCGACCCCUCCCUUCUGGAGCCUCAUGGCUGGAUAAGAGGAGUCCCCGUCGGACACCGGGACGUCGCCCUCAGGAUCGCCGCACCCCACCACUGCUCGGGAGUCGCGCAAAUACGGCCCCACUGCGUGGGCGUAACGUGCGUGCCGGCAAGCGGGGCCAAUCCCCGCUUGAGAUAUUUGAGGAUGUGGAGGAUGAUAGUGGCCCGAAUGUGCCCGCACUCGACGAAGAAGUAGAGCGGUUCAUGCGUGGUGUUGCCAGUCCGAGCAAGAAGGGCGAUGUGGAUGCCGUCGCCGGUCUACUAUCGCUCAGCCAGGGCAAUUGGCGGUAG